GUGUGUGUGUAUAUAUUUUUAACGGUGUGAGAAGGUGUUAGAAUUGAUCAGUACAUGGUGAGUGGAUGAGAGUCUCUCUCUCUCUCUCUCUCUCUCUCUCUCUCUCUCUCUCUCUCUCUCUCUCUCUCAGGAAGGUUUUGUUCCAGUGUGACAUGAUCAUCUUCUCCAGUCCUCUGUCCUGAAAGUGGACGCUGUUUUGUUUCACAAAUAAACGAGUGUGUUCAUUCUGUACUACACCGCACUGUGGAUAUUAUCAUUAUUAAUGUCUUCCCUCCAUCGUCUCUCCGUCUCGUCUCUCCGUCGUCUCUCCGUCUCGUCUCUCCAUCGUCUCUCCGUCUCGUCUCUCCGUCGUCUCUCCGUCUCGUCUCUCCGUCUCGUCUCUCCAUCAUCUCUCCAUCGUCUCUCCGUCGUCUCUCCGUUUCAUCUCUCUCUUGUGUGUGUUUGUGACUUUAUUGCCGCUGUCUCUCGUCCCUCAGUGUGAGUGAUGGAGUCUCUCCUGAGGGAACAGUUUGGUUUUAAAGGAGGCAGUGACUCUCUGAGAGAGGAGGUCUGUGGGAUGAUUAGAUGGCCGCCGUCGUCUCUGUCUGUGGAUAUUAAUCAGUUUGCUGCUGCGUAUCAUGAGAUCAGACUGCGUCUGGCCGGCCUGGAGCGAGAGAACAGCAGCAUCAGGAGGAAGCUGAAGAACUACGAGAUGAAGUUCCCCAUGAUCAGUGUGUGUGAGGACGAGAGGAGUGUGUGCUGCUCCUGUGAAUCCGAGAAGGUCGAACUGAUCCAGACUGAAAACAGCAACCUUCAGCAGAGGAUCAACAACCUCAUGCAGGAGCUCCAGAACAGUAAAGUUCACGAGCAGCGUCUGGAGGAGGUGAUUAAAGCGUACGAGAAAAUUCAUCUGGAGAAGAGCAGCGUUCAGAAGGAGCUGGAUAACAUGACGACUCUGGCCGAGCAGCAUGUGGAGAGGAUCAGGAAGCUGGAGACUUCACUGGGUCAGAGAGAGAUCCUCCUGCAGAAGAAGAAAGCGAGAGAAACUUCACAUCAGCGUAAUAAAGAAACUCGUUACCUGCAUCUGUACACCAGCCUGGACACGCCCUGCGCGUUGGAGUGUUCCGGACCGAGUCUGCAGAGCUCACGCAGUCUGGACACACUCACUGACCUGAAGGUCCAGCGUCUGGAGGCGGAGCUUGAGGGGGUGUGGCACGAGGCUAGAGGGGCGUGUCAGCGGGAGGCGGAGCUUAAGGCAGAGCUGCAGCGUCUACAGGAAGAGAUCAGACAGGAGAAGGAACAACAGGAGUUGGAUGUGGAGUGUGAACACUGCAGUGUGGAGUGGAUUAAAAAGGCAGGAGAUGAGCAGGUGAACCUGGCGCUGGCCUACACGGAGCUGGUGGAGGAACUGAGCCGAAUCCGCAGCCUCAUUGCUGAACAGAACCGAAUCCUAAGACAGAACCGCGGCUCUCCGGACCAGAACAGUCCCGUAUUGAGGCAUGGCUCCGCCUCCCCUCCCUCUGACCCCGCCCCUCCAGCUCCUCACACGAUGAGGUCACACUUCCAGGGUCGCCGUAGUUACUCGGACAUGGCAGACCCCUCCGUCUCUCCGCACGUCGUCCACAAUCCUAUUUCCACGCUUCCAAAGCGCAGAACCACAAGCCACGCCCACCUCAGGCCAAUAUCCACUGGGCCCCGCCCAUCCUCUGCCCACGGAGCUCUGGAGCUCAGCUUCCAGCUGCCUGACUCCACCCCUGCUCCACUGGCCACACCCCCUCAGUCCUCAGAGGAUGAAGAUGAUGAGUGGGCGGGGCUCAGGAUAAUGACGCCCCCUCACUCACACCCCCGCAGUGAGCACGCUCAGUCCUGGCCGUCAAUCAGAUUGUGGAUGGAUGAGGAGGAGAGCGACACUCGGAGUUGUCCCCUCUGUCAGCUCUCGUUCCCCACCGGUUUCCCUGAUGAUGCUCUGAUCACACACAUCGACACUCACCUGGAAAACAGCAAAAUAUAACACACACACACACACGCACACACACACGCACACACACACGCACACACACACGCACACACACACACACACGCGCACACACUCCUGAUUAAUCUACUCCUGUUUAUAUGCUACAACACUGUGAACUUUCCACACACUCCGUGAGUCAGAGUAACGAAGCAGUCGUGCUACACUGCAGGGCUUCAGUGGAAUAAAAGAUCAGUCCAGUUCGUCCCACGUGACUUUGUGUUUAAUGUUACAAAUUCACUCGAGUUUACAUUUGUUAUUUUUUAAGAGCCUAUCAUUCAUCAGUCCAGUAAAUAGUCCAGUAUCGUGCGUUCUGAUUGGCUGAGAGCAGUGAGGCUCAUCACAGCAUCAGAUGACGUCAGCGAUCGUAUCGUUUUAAACACACUGCAGAAAAACUGUGAUUUACAUCAUCCACGUGUAACGGAUCCGCUGAUCUCUUUAUCUCAGGCUUCUGUUUACAUUUGUUUCCGGCCCAGAAAUGAGCUCCGCCCCACGUCAAGCAGAGCCACUUAACUCCACCCAUUUUCUUUCAACAGGGAUGAAUAAUCCCAACAGAAGGGCUUUGGAAACUUUUCGUUGCAGUUCCCUUUACAGCCAGUAGAGGACUCUAACCCUUACACGCCGCUGCUGUGAGUGUAAUGAGAACAGGCAGGUCAGGAUCGGUGCGGCUUUACGUCACACUACACACGUAACUACACACUGCAUUAUCCAGUCAUCAUUAUAAAACACAACCAAUCAAAAGUGUGUGAAAAUUCUCUGCGUUCUGAAUAAACGUCUUCUCUAAAUAAUUUAUGUAAAUGUAAGUGAGUGCUACAGAGGAUCUGACUCGGGAUUGCUCAGUUACAGUGAAGUACAGUAUAUUUGUGGUUCAGUCUGCAGAAAUACUUUGUUGUGUGUGCAUUUGGACCACGGCCCACCAGGUA